AUGUUCGAAGCAGCUGGUCACACAAAUAUUGUUAAGAUACUUCUGGGUAAGGGAGCCGACGUAAAUAAGUCAGAUGCUUUGUCCGGAGCAGCUGAGGGUGGUCACACAGAAAUUGUUAAGAUACUUCUGGAUAGGGGAGCCGACGUAGAUAAGUCAGACGUUUUGUUCAGGGCAGCUAGGCGUGGUCACACAGAAAUUUUUAGCAUGCUCCUGGAUAAGGGAGCCGACGUAAAUAAGUCAGAUGCUUUGUCCGGAGCAGCUGAGGGUGGUCACACAGAAAUUGUUAAGAUACUUCUGGAUAGGGGAGCCGACGUAGAUAAGUCAGACGUUUUGUUCAGGGCAGCUAGGCGUGGUCACACAGAAAUUUUUAGCAUGCUCCUGGAUAAGGGAGCCGACGUAAAUAAGUCAGAUGCUUUGUCCGGAGCAGCUGAGGGUGGUCACACAGAAAUUGUUAAGAUACUUCUGGAUAGGGGAGCCGACGUAGAUAAGUCAUAUGCUUUGUCCGGAGCAGCUAUGGGUGGUCACACAGAAAUUGUUAAGAUACUUCUGGAUAAGGGAGCCGACGUAGAUAAGUCAUAUGCUUUGACCCGAGCAGCUGCGGGUGGUCACACAGAAAUUGUUAAGAUACUUCUGGAUAAGGGAGCCGACGUAGAUAAGUCAGAUGCUUUGUACGGAGCAGCUGCGGGUGGUCACACAGAAAUUGUUAAGAUACUUCUGGAUAGGGGAGCCGACGUAGAUAAGUCAGAUGCUUUGUACGGAGCAGCUGCGGGUGGUCACACAGAAAUUGUUAAGAUACUUCUGGAUAGGGGAGCCGACGUAGAUAAGCUAUUGGUGGUCACACAGAAAUUGUUAAGAUACUUCUGUGCCAACUUUUUAUAA